CGACCACCGAAACGCACUAUGUGCCACCCCAUUGGAAAAGGAUCUCAGACCCAGACCAGCCAUGCUUGUAGCAGCGCGGUGGAGAUAGGUAGCUUCCUUUGCUCCCGUGGAUUGCUGGCUUUGUCGUGCAUGCGUUUGUUUGUCUCCGUCUGUUCGGCCGAUCUGCUUCCAAUAAUACUCGACUCGGGGCAUUGAAGGAUUCCGUGCGUGCGUCAUAGUAGCGUGUCGCUAGAUCUCGUCAUCGCUAUACCGAUCGUAUACCCAUACCGAUAUCACCGAUGAGAGGUCCGCGGGAGGUGAAACGAUGAAGCGUCGCGACCUGUGAGAGGCAGGAACGAUAAUACCCUGACUAUACAAUAAGGGAGCGCGAUACAAACAAAAAUAAGAAGAGGGGAAAAAAUGGCAUAUAAACUAUCCGUCGAGGUGUUCGGCGACGGAGAAAACCCAGACGACCCAUCGCACUGGGGCUUCACGAUCAACAAGCCGCCGAAUCCGUACGGCGACCUCCUGCAUGUGCGCACGCUCGACGCAAAAGGGAUGUUCUUCCAAUUCGAACCACGGCUGAGAACGAGACUCAACACGCAACAAGCCCUCGGAUUAUGCGUGAUCUCCACACUGACCGAUCAGCAACGCCAGCGGGCCACGCAGAUCGUCGCCAACGAAGAGGCGCCGAAGGAUGGGAAGAGAAAUUGCCAGGACUGGGUGCUGAGUACGUUGAUCGCGCUGGAGAUCGAGGAGCUCGUGCCCCCUGGGACGUCUGAAUUCUGGAAGGAGAUGAUUGGGAAGCCAGCGCGACAUGUGAGGGGGGCUGUAGGGACGAAUUGGAUAGCGCUGAGGAAGUUCUGACAGGGAUGGGGAGGUGGGUUUGGAUAAGGCGUUUUUGGCGUUCGGUCUUGCAAGGGGCGCGGGGAGGGAGACUGAGGAUAUGAC